GGACCAGUGAUGUGAUGGAGGACUCGCCGGCCACCGGGGCUACCGGCAGAGCUGCCCACAGCGGCGGCCGGUUCGACUUCGACGACGGCGGCACCUUCCUCGGCGGCUGGGAGGACGGCAAGGCCCACGGCCACGGCGUCUGCACCGGCCCCAAGGGUCAGGGGGCCUACUCCGGCUCCUGGCACUACGGCUUCGAGGUAUCCGGCGUCUACAUAUGGCCCAGUGGUAGCGCUUACGAGGGCCAAUGGCAAAACGGGAAACGACACGGAUUGGGGGUGGAGUCGCGGGGGCGGUGGAUGUACCGGGGUGAGUGGACGCAGGGGUUCAAGGGGCGCUACGGCGUGCGCCAGUCCAGCACCAGCAACGCCAAGUACGAGGGCACCUGGGCCAACGGCCUCCAGGACGGCUACGGAUCCGAGACCUACGCCGACGGCGGUACCUACCAGGGACAAUGGCUGAGGGGGAUGCGACACGGUUACGGAGUGCGGGCGAGCGCCCCGUUCGGCCAGGCCUCGCACUACCGGCCGGGGAAGGCGCUGCGUGCCUCGCUGACCAGCCUGCGGAGUGCCGAGGGCGGCACGGAGGCGGCAGACCGGGACCGCAGGGUCGACGACUCCAGGGGCGGCUUCGUCCUCAAAGCCCGCAGCGACGAAGCCCCCGUUCGGAGGCAGUCCCUUGUCGAGAAGUCAUCCAACAUCAAGAAGUCCAUCCUGUCGAAAAUAAGGAAACAGAGAAGCACCGGAGACCUGGAGAAGAGAGGAACUUCUGGAGGCAGCAUCAGGAGCACAGGCUCCAGUGCAAGUUGGGUGAGCACCGAGUCCUCCCAAAGCGGGGUCACUAGCGGAUCCAUGCAUACUGACUCCAACGCCAGUUUUGUCGUUGAGGACGAACAUAUGGAUGCGAGUGUAACGGAAACUUACCUUGGAGAGUGGAAGAACGACAAACGGUCAGGAUUCGGAAUCAGUGAGCGAUCGGAUGGGCUCAAGUACGAAGGAGAGUGGUUCAACAACAAGAAGUAUGGUUAUGGAGUGACCACCUUUAGGGAUGGGUCCAAAGAAGAAGGAAAGUAUAAGAAUAACGUCCUCAUCACCUCGCAGAAGAAGAAGCACCUGUUCCUCAUCCGUUCGGCCAAGUUCCGGGAGAGGAUAGACGCUGCCGUCAACGCAGCACAAAGAGCUUCGAAGUUCGCCUUGCAGAAAGCGGAUAUCGCUAUUUCUAGAACAGCGACCGCUCGCGGUAAAGCAGAAAUGGCGGACCUCGCAGCUGAUCAAGCAAGGGAAGAUUUUGAAAUAGCUCAAACCACAGCAAAACAAUUUGCCCCGGAUUUUGUCCAGCCAGGAUUAGAAAAACUAAGAAACCGAACAGUUCAAAAAUAUAAAUCUUCAUCUGUAGAUGAUGCUAAAGUAAGACCACCUCCAAAUCAGAAAGCUCCCUCGUUAAGCAGAGAAACAAGUCUCCCAAAUACUCCUUCCUCAGCUCCCCCUAUAGCUAAUAAAGCACCAUCUCAACCACCCUACGACAACAAACCUCAUGUUCAGCUACCAUAUGAUAACAGAUCACAACUCCCUAAUCAACAGGUAGAUAAUAAAGGACACCUUCCACAGCAACAACCUCCACAGCAAGGAUAUCCUUCACAUUUGACAAACGCGACAGUUCACAACCCUGGGAUUAAUGCAGAACCUCAAGAGAACUACCAUCAUGUGGUGACUCCACCAAUCCCCCAACCUCCACAUGAAAAGGAUGUUAUACAGAAUGAACAGCCUCAACAACCUAACCUCCAACCUCGAGCAACGAUACGAAGGAACUCGAAGCAGCUUUCUGGUGAAUCACCUUCCUACAAUUUCCAACAGGCAAUGAGUGAUCACUUUGAUCAUUACAAGAGGCCACCAAGCAGAGACAGUAGUGUUGAUAGAUACAGUAGAAAGUGUGGUCCAUCAAGGCAGUCAUCAGUAGACAAAGUGGAGCCCCCAGGUUCAAGGGCACCAUCAGUUGUCAGGGGAACAACUCCUGUCACACCAUCUGCUGCCGUUCGAGGAGGUACACCCGUCUCCUCCGUACCUCCAUCUACAAACUUAAUGAGAGGAAGCACUCCUACUUCUGUAAGGGCUGGAACCCCGGCUACUGGAAAUGGAUCUGUGGUGGGUGCAGCUGUUAAUCCGACACCAUCACCUUUUGAAGACGUUAUUAUGAGAAAGCGUGGACUUGGACAAGACAUUAUUCCAUCUGCCAAUCAACCAAAAAGAACCGAAUCGCUUUAUGUUACUCCUCAGAAAAAAGAGCCAGUUCCUAAGAGUAUUCCUGUAACAACAAAUCUCCAGAGAAAGAAAAGUCUCCCAGAUGUACAAGGAUAUCCUAAAGUUAGUGAAGCUAUGUCUAGGGAAGAGGUUUCUGUACUGAGCUCUGCAAGGAGGGAAGAACUAAGAAGAAUGCAAGAAGAAUCGGAAAAACUUCGAGCAAAUCCUCUUCUUUAUCUUGUCAGUCCACAUGUAAAGGAAUGGUUUUCAAGACAACAGUUAGUGAUGCUUGUUCUUUUUGUAAACAUCUCAUUGGCAAUAAUGUUCUUCAAACUGCUAACGUAGUAGCUAUGGUGUGCGUGGGUCACCACGUGCUUCAGGAAAACUUCGCCAAUGUUGAUGUCAAUUAGAUCCGUUCCAUUUGGAAGUUAAGUGUUCAUGAGAAUGGAUUUAUUCCUCAAAGCAGAACACUAUUUUUCUAGGCUGGGUCCACAAUGACUCUUAAUGCCUAGUGACUAAUUUGGUUCGAACGAAUUUAGAGAUAAAGACGAUUUAAUUAAGUUAUUUUGGACAUUUGUUGAUAUUUAUUGUAACUAAGAUGAAUUAAUUUUAUUGAAAAUUAUAAAAUGGUUAAAAAAAAAAAAAAUUAUAGGAUGAUGAAUGCAAUUGAUAUUGUAGAUUUCUUAUUGAACAUUGAUACUAUGUAAAUAUAUAAUAGAAAUAAGCAAUUUCAAAUUUUAAACAAUUGCUAUAAUAUAUUUCUACAUUUGUUGUGGAUUAGGGAUUGUUAACCGUAACAUUUCUUUCAGAAGAAACUGAAUAUGAUUAAUGAAUAAAACUAAACCAUUGUACGCUCAUUGUCGUCGAUGAUUUUCAAAACUUAUCGUAACUUGUACUUAUAUUGUAUAAAGCACAAAUGAUUUUAUUCUACUAUAUUUAUAUAUAGAUUUAAAUUUUUCAGAACUUUGUAACAAAAUAUUUUCACACUUUUUACUCUGUAAUUAGUUUUCUCAGUUACUUGUUUAGUGAUAUGAGACAUUUCUUAUAAUGGUGCCUAUUUUGUAAGUUAGAAGAAAACUUUUAACCUACGAAAUUGUAGGCUUUUUAAUGAUGCUUUAAGUAACUGAGCUGUGGAAUAUUUUUGUGUGUCAACAUGACACUAUAUUAAAUGCAAAUAUUCAUAAAUUGGUACAUAUUUCGUAGCUUCAGGCUUUUAGAUAUAAGUUCCUGAUGAAUUAGUUCAUCCCUAUUGAGUAAAUAAUAACAUAUUAAAUUAAAUCUUUAGAAAAUUACUCAUUGGAUAAUUAAAUAUCUGAAGGAAUUAAGGAAUGGAAAUUGUUGGAAAAUUGUAGUAAUGAUUACUUUAUUGAUUUUGUUAUUUAUUAUUUCUUUGUAUUAUUUAUUUCGGUGAUAGUUAAUUCCAAUUUAAUUUACAUUUACAUUUGCUCAGUUUACUAAAAAAUAUAUAUGCAUUUUAGAAAUUUUAUUCUUAAUUUUCUCCCCAAAUUGUUGUACAAAAAAAAUGUAUGUACUUCUGUACUAAUUAUAUUUAUAUCAGAACUUCCUAUCGUGGGACUUUCUAAUAUUGUUAUAAGCAUUUGCUUACUUAUAUAUACUCUGUUUUGUAUAAAUUGUUAAUAUUUGGAGCCAGUCUUGGCUAUGUCCUUUUUGAAAAUACAUAAGAAGUUUGGAAAGUAUUUUUGAAAAAAAAAAAGUUUUUGUAUUGAGUAUGUAUUGUGACUUAUACUGUAUUUGCUGAUAUCGGUCUAGCAUAAGAAACUUAAAUGAUUGUAACUUUCGACCUACAAACAAAGUCUGUUGGAUAUUGGGAACAUAGGUGCAAGCCACCUUCAAUUAUAUUUGUCUUAUAAAUAAAUCUAUGUACAUAGUAUACAGUUUUUACGUUGAUUGGAAAGUAACUCACAGAUGAUGGGUAAUUGUUGUUUAAUGUAUAUAAAAAUUUAUCAAUUUUCAUAUUCACAUUUUCACAUCUGCAAACUAAGCAGGAAAUAUCAUUUUCUUGGAAAAGUAUAUGGAGAUGGCAUGAAUUGAUUUGUUUAUUUCCGGUCAACCGGAAAUGAAGUUGUGUGUGCCUUUCUAAGUGAUUUUUAUUGUAUCUAUUUAUUGAAAUAGUUUAAGGUUACCAUACAGGAAAUUCAUUCCUAUAAUAGUUUCAAAGUGAAAAUUACAUUUGCUUACAAUGUCAAUAAAUUGUAAAUUCACAUGCAUAUUUUUUUUUUUUUAAUUUACCUAAGAAUCUUAAAACAUUUUUUAAAAAAUAAAUAAAAAACUUAUUCAAGACUUAUUAGCACUAUCUUCUCCACUUGAAGAUCCUUCUUCUUGUGUUAAUAACUUAUAUUUUUUAUUUUUAGAAAAUUUUACUUUCUUCUUUUUCUUCUUAAAACUCUUGCAGCAUCCGCAAAGCUCACAAAUUAAAAAUGCUAUACCAAUAAAUAAACAUAAAGCUAUAAGUAUGGCAACAGUAUCAUAUGUUUCCCAAUCUGGUUCUCCACGGUAGAAACUUAAGUCUGAAUUGUUGCCUACGGAUUCAGCUUCUGGAAUUUCACUUGUUUCAACAACUACUUCUUUGAAUGGAUUCAUCAGGACUGUGUUAUUUAAUUUCAUACUCAAACGUUGAAAGACAAUGUUACUAAGCCAAUCAGCUAAAUCUUUUCUUCCGACCUGCUUGAGCCUGUGUGAAAGAAUACUGUGGGUUUCACCUAGUCCUUCAUUUGGGGAACUAUUCCAAUGAAUCAAAAUUUCAAGACAAGUUCUUUCACCAAAUGAAAAGAAUUCCAAACUAGUCGUUACUUCAUAGGUUGAAGAAUGCAAAUAUUUAUCAAGAGUUUCACAUUCCAUGGGAGUUAGUUGGUUAGCUAUGUAUUCCAGUUCUGCUAAAUUUACAUCUACAGUGCAGAACACAAUUUUUAAAAAUGAUGUAAAAUAUAAGUAAAUAAUGAAUAGAAAAAUGCCCAUUUUGGGGACAAGCCAAGGUACUAAAUUAAUAAUUCCUUAAUACACUUUACGUUGGGUCAUACAGUUAAUAAUCACAUGUUUAACAACACAUGUUCUUGUGCUACUUAAUCUAAUUAAACUUUAAAUUAUUUAUGACACUAAAAUAAAUAAAUAAAUAAAUUAGAAAACUUUUAGAGAAACUUCAGUGAUCAUGUGUGUUAAAAAACAGAAAAAUUGAAAUUCAUAAAGCAAAAAUAUUAAAUUUUUUUUCUUCUUUUUUCCAAUUUGUGGAUAAUAGUAUAGUAUAAAUAUAUCCAAAUAUAACAACAGCAUUAUUCUUGGCAAAACUUCCAUGAAGAGUCACAUAAAAAAUUAUUUGUGGCAACUAUAACAAAAAAAAAUGAAAAAGAAAUACAGGAAUUA